AUGACGAGGACAGCUACGAAAGAUGCAGGUCGCAUUGCAGGGUUAGACGUCCUGCGAAUAAUCAAUGAACCUACUGCUGCUUCGCUUGCUUAUGGGUUUGAGAAGAAAAACAAUGAGACCAUUCUGGUUUUUGACCUUGGACUUGGAGGUGGUGCUUUUGACGUUUCAGGUAUGCCAAUUACUUUGUUACUCUUCUUAUUGGAUUUUUCUCUGUUUUUGUGGUCACUUCACUGUAAGUUGAAAACUGCUACUCUGUGGUUGCCCUCUAUGCAUGUUCCAAAAUGGAAUAAUUCUCAUAUGAAAUAUCAGUGUGUGUUUGAUUUCCAUUACUGGAGUUUGCUGCCUUUUGAUUUAAAACAGCUACGAGGACCAAUUGAAACUGCCUUGAAAGAUGCAAAUCUUUCCUUCAAAGAUUUAGAUGAAGUAAUCCUUGUUGGUGGUUCUACUCGCAUCCCAGCUGUUCAGGAGCUUGUGAGGAAGAUGACUAGAAAAGAGCCCAAUGUCACUGUAAAUCCUGAUGAAGUUGUUGCUCUUGGGGCUGCAGUUCAGGCCGGUGUUUUAGCUGGAGAAGUUAGUGACAUUGUGCUCUUGGAUGUCACUCCAUUGUCUCUGGGACUCGAAAUUUUGUGUGGUGUAACGACAAAGAUUAUCCCAAAGAACACAACUUUGCCAACUUCCAAAUUAGAGGUGUUCCCCACUGCGGCAGAUGGGCAGACCAGUGUAGAGAUUAAUGUCUGUCAGGGUGAGAGAGAGUUCAUGAGGGUUAACAAGAGAAUGGUGAUGAUAUGA